GAAUUCGAGGUUCCUUCUCGGGGUUCAUUCAUCGCCCCAUCCCACACAAACCACCUUACAAUUCAAUUAUCCACAGCCACACACACACGGACCAGAGCAGAAUUCACCGCCAGAGCACGAGCUUUGGAAGUCAGCCAAUCACGCAGGCCACGUCGCCGACGAGACCUAGAGUUAGCUCUUCUUCGCUCAGGGAAUCUGAAGUGAAGGACGCAUUCGGAUUAGCGAAUUCGUGAAGGUCGUUGCGUCUAAUCGGCUUCACAGACAGCUGGCGCGAAGACCGCAAUCAGGGCCAUGGCUUCCACAAUGCGGACUCUCUCGAUUCAGCUGCUCCCGAAAGCGCUCGACAGUAUCGUGGUGUCGCGAGAUGCGGCAGGAAGUGACCGCGAUUGUUCACGAGCUCAGCAAUUCAGGUCUCCUUUCACAAAUCAGACUCUCGCAAGGCGUGCAUCCCACGCUGCUUCCAGAAGGACCGCUCUUUCCGGCGCUCUCCGCUCCAAUCUGGAAACCCCUCGAAAUCUCCGUGGCUCUGAUCAAACCCUCGCAAGGCGUGCAUCUCUCGCCGCGUCCAGAAGAAUUCCUCUCUUCAGCACGCGUCGGCCUGGUCUGCGGACCCCUCAGAGCAGGAAAGGAGAGUCCAAGGCGGUGAGGGCAGCAGCGGUGGCGACAGGAGAGGAGGGGGAGAGUUCGGAGUGUGUGGCUGGCGAUCGCCCUCCGUUCGACCUCAACUUGGCUGUGCUGCUGGCGGGAUUCGCGUUCGAAUCUUACAACACCCCUCAGGAGCAGAAGGAGACCCUGUGGGAGGAGGACGUUGGGGGCUGCCGCACCAUCUUCACAUCCUACGGCUUUGCUUACGAGCUCUACUCCGGCCAGCUCGUCGUGACCGUCCAAUCCGCCUCCAACGUGCCAGCCGUUGAUCUCUGGGGCACCAGCGAUCCCUACGUGCUGGCAGCGGUGGGGGAGGCAUCUGUGCGCACUCGCACCAUCUGGACGAGCACCGAGCCCGAGUGGAAUGAGGAGGUUCGCCUGCUGGUGAAGGCAGAUGACACCGGCACCAAAUACCUCAAGCUGUCCAUGUGGGACGAUGGCAUCGUCAUCUCUCCCCGCCGCCUCGGAAAUGCCUCGAUCCGAUUGGACGACCUUCUCGAUGGGGAGACACACGAGCAGGAGGUUGCUCUGGAGGGCCCGGGAGGGGGAGCCACACUCAAGCUGGCAGUCCGCUACCGCAGCUUUGCAGAGCUGGCUGAGGAGGAGCGCAACAGGUGGCGCCUUCCCUCCCUCGACGACAUCUUCUCAGGCCAGCUCCCUCUAGUCUCCGGCUUCCAAGACGUCAUGACUGCUGCCUUCCAGUCACCCACCACCACCGCCACUCCUGCUGCCGAAUCUAGCCCCGAUUCCAGCGGUGGCUCCCCUCCCACUACCAGCCAGCCAUCGCCGGCCAUUUCCUCGUACGAGUUUGUCCGGUCCGCCAUCCAGCAGUUCGGGGGGGCGGCAGCCUUCCCAUCGUCCCUCGAUCAGAUCAAAGAUUCGGUCAUCCCACCCCCACCCCCAUCCUCGCCACAAGCCUCCUCGCUACCAGCAGAAGCAGCAGACGCUGCUGAGAAUACCCUCACUAGGAGCGACAGCAGCAUUGGCAGGGAGCAGCAGGUGAGGCAGGCAGUGGGGCUGGCGAGGGAGGUGCUACUCAGGGCAGGCUGGAUCCCGGCAGGUGGGACCCUGGACCAGCUCAGCCAGGCGGUCAUCGGUACCACAAGCAACACUGGUGAGACCAGCAGCAGUAGCGGCAGCGGCGACACUACCGCCGCUGCUGGUGCUGCUGCUUCCCAGGGUGGAUUGCUGUCGUCCCUAGUCCCCUCAGGUGCCAUCGGCGAUGCCUUGGCAGCAGUGGACGGGCUGAGGAGGAAGCGGGAGGAGCUGCGGAGCACACUCACUGACAUGGGCUUUGCGCUGCCAUGGGCGGACACUGCAGGGGGGGCAGAUAGUAAAGGGGGUCCUGCUGGUGCUGCUGCUGCUGCUGCUGGUGAUAUUGGUGCUGCUGCCACUGCCGCUGCGGGAGGGCUGUUGGAGGGAGCUGCGAGUGCGGUGGCAGGGAGGAUACAGCAGCGCCGAGCAGAGCUCAGGAGAAGCCUUACAGACCUGGGCAUUUCCCUGCCUUGGUAUGAUCAGACCGAAGGGGGCGGGGCAGAUGGGCAAAGGGCAGAUGGACAGUCUAGCACUUCUGUGGAUGUCACUGCCUCUCAAGAGCCAUCCACCGCUUCCUCUUCUUCCUUCUCCUCCUCCCUGGACGAUCUGCGCAAAGCUGCCUUCCGACAGACCGAGGGCCUUCUGGGGUCCCUAGCCCUCCUUGGCAGCACCGCUGGCAGCCUGCCAUUAGCCGAGGAGAAGAAAAUUCUAAGCGCACCUGAGCCAGAGGGUGAUACUGGUGGGGGGGGGAGCGAGGGGAGUGGGAGUGAGAGGGCGAGUGAGGUGAGCGUGGUGGGUGAGGAGGAGGCGGAGGAGGCGCGGAGGAUGUUUGGGAGUGCGGAGACGGCGGUGGAGGCAUGGACGAUGCUGGCGAGCUCCCUGGGCCAGCAGACGUUCGUCAAGUCCGAGUUUGACAAGAUCUGCUUCCUGGACCACCCGGAGUCCGACACUCAAGUGGCGCUGUGGAGGGAUGUGAGGAGGAAACGGGUUGUGGUGGCGUUCCGAGGCACAGAGCAGACGAAGCUCAAGGACCUACUCACAGACAUAUCUCUCUCACCCUCCAGCCUGGACCCUGAGCGAACGUCAUCUGGCGACUUCGACCAAGAUGUCAUGGUGCACGGGGGUUUCCUCGCUGCAUAUGACUCUGUGCGCGCUCGCCUGCGCUCCCUCAUAGCCCUCAUCACCGACCCCGACCGCUCUGCACCGCUCACUGCUCAAUCUGAUGCUGCAGCUACCGAUGCUGAUGCUGAUGCUGACUCCUCAAUCCAUUCAGCUGACAGCCUGUCAGGGAGUGACACGUGGCGGGUGUAUCUGACCGGGCACAGCCUGGGGGGGGCCCUGUCGACCCUCUUUGCCUACGAGCUCUCCCAGUCCAACCUGGUCAGGGAUCGCAACAUCCAUCUCACCAUGUACAACUACGGCUCCCCCCGUGUGGGCAAUGCGGCCUUUGUUGCCCGAUUCAAUGCGCACGUGGCCGACAGCUGGCGUAUUGUGAAUCGCUCGGACAUCAUCCCCACGGUGCCCAAGCUAAUGGGGUACCGCCACGUGUGCUGCCCUGUCUACCUCAGCCCAGGGGGGCCCUCAGGUGACCUUCAGUCGGAUGCAUCCAAGGAGGAGAUAGGAGUGGAUGAUGGCUAUGCGGCCGAGGUGGUGGGGGAGGCCAACCCCAACGACAUCCUCGAGGACUAUAUGAGUGGCGAGCGGCGGCUGAUCGACCGGCUGCUACAGACAGAGGUGGCGAUGCUGUCGGCGCUGAGGGAUGGGUCCGCCAUCAUGAUGCACAUGGAGGACUUCUACUACAUCGCGCUGCUCAAGAAAGUGCGAGAGGGCCUGGGAGUUUCUCAGUGAGCAACUCUCCGCUUUUGCCACUGGUGCUUCUGCCCGCGCUUCUCAUUUUCUUGUGCCACUGGAACUGGUGCUUCUGAUCUGACGUCCUGUUACUCUGGUUGGUUUCACAUAACAAUUUUUGACAGUCCUAGAGAAGUGAGUUUGUUGACUUGCCAUCUACCAGCCAUAGUCACUGUUGGAACCUUUUUUUGUCGACCUAAAAUGAGCACGAUGGCUUGCCUGCCAUCUACCGGGUGUGUUGCUACGACCCCCUAUCAGACUUGUGCUGCACCAAGCUGAACCGCAUGGAAUCACCUCACAUCCCAUUUAUACUCCACAGCAGCGCACGAGUCUUGUAAGGGGCACGUCUGGUAGUAAGU